AUGCUGUUCACUAUCCUCAGCUCCCUCCUGCUCCUCGCCUCUCGCGCCACAGCACUCGGCCCACCCCCAAAUUCCAUCCGCAACAUCGUCACAUUCGGAGACUCCUACACUCUCCUUGACACCGGAGAUCCCACUCGCACCGCGUGGCCCAUCCUUCUAGCCGGCUAUGCAAACCUGACCGUAUUCGGGUUCGCUCAGAGUGGUGCCACUUGCAACCAGAGCCUUACUCCGAGGAUCUAUCCGGCGGUGGUGCAGGAUGAAUUGCCGGCGUAUUUCGAUGCAUUUGAGGUGGGAAACAUUACGGGCACGGCGGAUGAUACUUUGUAUACGAUCUGGAUUGGCACGAAUGAUGUUGGACCAAACACCCUUCUGACCGGAGGUCAAAUCAACAACGCCACAAUUGUUGAUACCACGGCUUGUGCUGUUGGCGUCCUGCAGACUCUAUACGACAGCGGCGCCAGAAACUUCCUCUUCCAAAAUGUGAUGAUACCAUACGAACUGCUCCCGAUAUACCAGGUCGACUCUUACCCGAACAAGUUUUGGACCGCGCCACGUAAUACCACCGAUUGGAACCUCUCUAUUCGCGAGCUAGCUGUUGCCGGGAAUAAGAUCGCAGAACUACUGCUCAGAUUCCUGGUGCCGACUCUUCCUGGCGCCCAUGUCGGUCUCUUCGACUCGCACACACUAUUCCAGAAUAUCGUCGAUGAUCCCGGCUCUUUCUUGAACGGAACUGCUCCAUACAAUGUGACGGGAUGCGUUCAGUCCUGUGUGUUCGAGUUGAACGAGAGUAUAUCGGACCCGGGCGUCUGCACUUUCAUCAACGGGACGGAUAGAGAUAGCUACGUUUGGUGGAACGAGCUGCAUCCGUCUGAGCAGUCGGAUAGGAUAGUGGCUCGCCAGAUCGCGAAUUCGUUGCAGGGCUUGGGGAGCAAGUAUACCACGUGGCUCAGUUGA